AUGGAUGCAAUGCAAACAGCUCUGCCAGUUUUGGGCAUUGUUGCAGCUGCAGUUGCAACCUUCUAUGUAGUGAGUUUCAAUGAGAUUAGAGAGAAAUCACUUCCAGAUUUGGAUGAAUCUGAAUCGGAAAAUGGAAGUUUUAGACGACCGUCCAGUUCCCGAGAGAGGCGAGCUAGAAGACAAGCUAGUAAAAAUAACAAAACAUAA